AUGAAUACACCGAAAACUGCACGCUACAGCGACAUCUACCACUGGUGGUUCAAUCGUCCCGUUCCAAACGAGGUAAACCUUCCUAUCGAUCCUCUCCUCCUCAUCGAGGCUCCGGCAAUUGUACAGCGUCGUAAAGGCAGGCCAACGGGCCCUGCUGCACCUCGUCAAUCAACCCGUGGCCGUGCUCGUGCACCUGCUGAUGCAACUCGACGUGAUCCAUCUCAAUUCGAAAUUGUUGAUCAACAAGCUCCGGCGCAGCGAGCACGACGGCGUGGUGGAGGGCCAGGAUCACGUGGAGGAACGUCGCAUCUCCGGCGAGCUCAUAAGACUACUGCUCGUGCAGAGCGAGCAGAUAGUGUUUCGACACGGAGGCAAGCGGACUAA